CCCACGUGUGGCCAUGUCUGUGUGAAGCUCUACAGCCAAGCAACAUGGCAGCAUUCGCAAACAGGCACCUCACCUAAAGCGAACGUGAAUGAAAUAAACGGAGAGGAACGGUCAAAUGGGCAGGUUGGGUCCCCAGAGGUCUGCUGCUCUUCUUUGACGUCUCCCCCAGACCUCUCCCCUCACUAUGGCCAGUGAGGAGGACGAUGACCCCAUCAUACAAGAGAUUGAUGUAUACCUAGCUAAAAGCCUUGCGGACAAGCUAUAUCUGUUCCAGUAUCCAGUACGCCCUUCCUCUAUGACCUAUGAUGAUGUCACUCAUCUAUCUGCCAAGAUCAAGCCCAAGCAGCAGAAGGUGGAGUUGGAGAUGGCCAUUAACACUCUGAGUCCUAACUACUGUCGAAGUAAAGGAGAGCAGAUCGCCCUCAACGUGGACGGAACCACCUCAGAGGACUCCAACACCUACUCUGUGAAGAUGAUGGACAAACAGACGUUCACAUCCAUCCAGUCCACAACCAACACCUCCAGAUACGCUGCUGCCGUCUUCAGGAAAGGGGAGCUCCACAUCACACCGCUGCAGGGUAUCCUUCAGAUGCGACCCAGCUUCUCCUAUCUGGAUAAGGCUGACGGCAAACACAGAGAGCGGGAGGCCGCUAACGAAGGGGGAGACUCUUCUCAGGAUGAGGUGGAGGAAGACGUGAAGGCCGUCACUGUGAGGUUUUCCCGUCCUGAGUCGGACCAGGCUCGUCAGAGGCGUAUCCAGUCGUACGACUUCCUUCAGAAGAAACAGGCAGAGGAGCCCUGGGUCUACCUGCACUACCACGGCCUCAACGAUGGCUGUUCGGACCACGAGAGGCAAUACCUGUACUGCCAGGCCAUGGGAGGCUCUGAGAACACAGAACUGGUAAAAACACCAAAGGAGUACCUGGCAAUGCUCAUGCCCCCUAUCACAGAGGAGAAGAUUGUGAGGCCCGUAGGUCCCAGUAACGUGCUUUCCAUGGCCCAGCUCCGGACCCUGCCGCUAGGUGACCAGGUCAAAACCCUGUUGAAGAACGUCAAAGUGAUACCGUUUGCCAACCUGAUGGGUUUGUUGACCCCUGGGACAGACUCCACUGCAGUGCUGCGCUGCAUCCAGCAGGUGGCGCUACUGGUGCAGGGCAACUGGGUGGUCAAGAGUGACGUGCUAUAUCCUAAGAACAGCUGUAGUCCCCACAGUGGUGUGCCUGCUGAGGUGCUGUGUCGAGGAAGAGACUUUGUGAUGUGGAGAUUCACUCAGGAGCGCUCAGUGAUGAGGAAGGAGAUCACAGCCAUCAUCAAGCUCCUGCCAGAGGAUGUGAAGGACUUCUUGGAACACAUGGCGGUGCCUCGUAUAAACCGUGGCUGGGAGUUCCUGUUGCCAAGCGACAGUGACUUCAUCAAAAAGCACCCUGACGUGGCCCAGCGGCAGCACAUGCUGUGGAUUGGGAUACAGAGCAAAUUGGAGAAGGUCUUCAACUUCUCUAAGGAGGACCUGGUAUCCAAAAAGGACCCACAAACAGAAGCUAUGCACGUGAGUGGCGAGCAGCGUCUGAAGGCAGCCCAUGAGCGUGCGCGACAGAACCAGCCCUCUCUUCAGAAGGACCUGAGCGCUCGUCGACAGGGAAAGGGUGGAGCCGGACCGAGCGGUGGAGCAGCGGUCAGAGUCAAAGAGGAACCUGUCAGCGACGGUGAAGACGAACCCAUGGACACUUCCUCCUCCGCUCUCCCUAACGGGUUGGUAAACGGUUACCCAUCCGCCGCCACUUCCGCUGCCUUGAAUCCUCAUAACGGACACGGCGGGACUCCCACGCCCUCACCGUCACCUGAGCUGAGGGACUUUGUGUGGAACAUGUUCAGGAAGCAGCAUGUGCUGACGCUGAGCGAAGUCAAGAGGCUGUUCAACCUCCACCUGGCCUCCCUGCCUCCCGGAGACGGCCUGUUCCGCUCCAUCUCAGACCGCCUGCUACAGGAUACUAUACUGAUGAGCCACUGCAAACAAAUACUGGUGCCUUUUCCAGCCCAGAGCACAGCAGCUGCUGAUGAGCAGAAAGUGUUUGCUGUGUGGGAGACAGGAGAGACCUUCGACAAGCAUCGUCAGGUCCUGUAUGAGAUCUUCAUGAAGAACUACCGGGUGAGGAGGAACGUGAUCCAGACCAGGCUGACGCAGGAGAUGGGAGACCAGGUUACCAAGGAUGAUGUGGACCGCCUGCUUAAGGAGUGCUGUGUGAGCUUUGGAGGGAUGUGGUACCUCAAGGGUACCCUACAGUCCUGACAACAUUGAGGACACGCCCUUGUGGCCACCAUCAACCAACCAAACCCACUCCUCCAGAGCCUAGUGGGAGAGCUCUGUACGGGAAGGCGGGACAGCCAGACACACAAACCAAUUGUAGCCCUCCUGCCCCCAGCUCUCCGGACUGGGAUUGGAGGAAUGAGAUGUCCGUCAUCUGCUCCGGUCAGAACAUGACACUUGUUGUUAAUGCAGCUAAAGAAGUCACUUCUAAGCUCGGCCCAAACGGAGCCGAUCUGUUGGACAGAAGACCUUCCAUAUUCAUGCUAAGGGCUGGAGCAGGAGCAGAGGAGAUGUAUAUGACUGAGACAAUACUGAAAAAGUUGGGGGUGAUGUAAAAUGCCAUUAUUUCCCAAUCUGUUUCUCUAGUACCCCCCAGAACUGCUCAUUUUUGCUCUAGCCCAGAACCGGUACACUUGAUCCAACUAAUGUAGGUGGGCUGGUUCAGGGUCUGAGCACAAAUGUGCAGUCCUGGAGGUACUCGAGGAAUGGAUCGGGGAACACUGUACCAAAAGUUUUGAGAAUGACACAUAUUCAUUUUCACAAAGUCUGCUGCCUCAUUUUGUAUCAUGGCAAUUUGCAUAUAUUCCAGAAUGUUAUGAAGAGUGAUCAGAUGAAUUGCAAUUAAUUGCAAAGUCCCUCUUUGCCAUGCAAAUGAACUGAAUCCCCUAAAACAUUGCCACUGCAUUUCAGCCCUGCCACAAAAGGACCAGCUGACAUCAUGUCAGGGAUUCUCUCGUUAACACAGGUGUGAGUGUUGACGAGGAUAAGGCUGGAGAUCACUCUUGUCAUGCUGAUUGAGUUCGAAUAACAGACUGGAAGCUUUAGAAGGAGGGUGGUGCUUGGAAUCAUUGUUCUUCCUCUGUCAACCAUGGUUACCUGCAAGGAAACAAGGAUAUUACUGCCAGUAAGAUUGCACCUAAAUCAACCAUUUAUCAGAACUUCAAGGAGAGCUGUUCAAUUGUUAAGGCUUCAGGGCGCCCAAGAAAGUCCAGCAAGCGCCAGGACCGUCUCCUAAAGUUGAUUCAGCUGUGGGACCGGGCCACCACCAGUACAGAGCUUGCUCAAGAAUGGCAGCAGGCAGGUGUGAGUGCAUCUGCACGCACAGUGAGGCGAAGACUUUUGGAGGAUGGCCUGGUGUCAAGAAGGGCAGCAAAGAGGCCAAUUAUCUCCAGGAAAAACAUCCGGGAUAGACGGAUAUUCUGCAAAAGUUACAGGGAUUGGACUGCUGAGGACUGAGAUAAAGUCACAGUCUCUGAUGAAUCCCCUUUCCGAUUGUUUGGGGCAUCUGGAAAAAAGAUUGUCCGGAGAAGACAAGGUGAGCGCUACCAUCAGUCCUGUGUCAUGGCAACAGUAAAGCAUCCUGAGACCAUUCAUGUGUGGGGUUGCUUCAGCCAAGGGAGUGGGCUCACUCAUAAUUUUGCCUAAGAACACAGCCAUGAAUAAAGAAUGGUACCAACACAUCCUCCGAGAGCAACUUCUCCCAACCAUCCAGGAACAGUUUGGUGAUGAUCAAUGUCUUUUCCAGCAUGAUGGAGCACCUUACCUUAAGGCAAAAGUGAUAACUAAGUGGCUUGGGGAACAAAACAUCGAUAUUUUGGGUCCAUGGUCAGGAAACUCCCCAGACCUUAAUUCCAUUGAGAACUUGUGGUCAAUCCUCAAGAGGCGGGUGGACAAACAAACAAAAUCUGACAAACUCCAAGCAUUGAUUAUGCAAGAAUGGGCUGCCAUCAGUCAGGAUGUGGCCCAGAAGUUAAUUGACAGCAUGCCAGGACGGAUUGCAGAGGUCUUGAAAAAGAAGGGUCAACACUGCAAAUAUUGACUCUUUGCAUCAACUUGAUACAGGCCUUAGACACUUAUGAAAUGCCUGUAAUUAUACUUGAUUAUUCCAUAGUAACAUCUGACAAAAAUAUCUAAAGACACUGAAGCAGCAAACGUUGUGGAAAUUAAUAUUUGUGUCAUUCUCAACUUUUGGCCACGACAGUACUAUGCCAUUGAGAAAUUAGACAAUUUUGAUAGUGAUCCUUAAUUAUUAUUUUUUUAAUUAUUAAGCAAAUCAAAUUGUAUUUGUCACGUGCUUCAAAUACAACAACACCUUACAGUGAAAUGGUUAUUUACAAGCCCUUAACCAACAAUGCAGAAAUUUUACUAGACGGAGGGUGGUAUCCGCUAAGGAAACAAGUGAAUGCAGUUCAUAGUCCAAUUGUUUUUAUUUUUUUUCUCCACAAUUUCGAUCUUGUCUCAUCGCUGCAACUCUCCAGCGGGCUUGGGAGGUGAAGGUCACGUCAUGCUUCCUCCGAAACAUGACCUGCCAAACUGCGCUUCUUAAAUUACAGGUCGUAGAAACAUGUCAAACUAAGUAUAGAAUCAAUCUUUAGGAUGUUAUUAUCAUAAAUCUUCAAUAAGGUUCCAACCAGAGAAUUCCAUUGUCUGUAAAAAGCACUGGAACGCAGGUCGCUAUCAUGUGAAAUGCGUGUGACCAGGACCUGGCGCUCUGCCAGACCACUGACUCAAAGAGCUCUCAUCCGGCCCCACAUCACAGUAUUCAUUCAAGUUUCUAAAGAUGGUUGACAUCUAUUGGAAGCCUUAGGAAGUGCAACAUAACCAAUAUCCCACUGUGUGUUCAAUAGGGGCUGGGUUGAAAAUUGACUAACCUCAGAUUUCCCACUUCCUGUUUGGAUUUCUUCUCAGGUUUUUGCCUGCCAUAUGAGUUCUGUUAUACUCACAGACAUCAUUCAAACAGUUUUAGAAACUUCAGAGUGUUUUAUAUCCAAUACUAAUAAUAAUAUGCAUAUUAGCAACUGGGACUGAGGAGCAGGCCGUCUACUCUGGGCACCUUUCAUCCAAGCUACUCAAUUCUGCCCCUGCAGCCAUAAGAAGUUAACACCCGCCCGCUUAACCCGGAAACCAGCUGCACCACUGUGUCUGAAGAAAACAAAGUUCAACUGACGACAGAGGUCAGCCUGCAGGCGCUCGGCCCGCCAUAAGUAGUCGCUAGAGCACGAUAAGCCUAGUAAAGCCCCCCUCUCCUAACCCGGACUAUGCUGGGCCAAUUGUGCAUGCCCUAUGCGACUCCCUAUCCCGGCUGGUUGUGAUACAGCCCAGGCUUGAACCCGGGUCUGUAGUGACACCUUUAGCACUGCGAUACAGUGCCUUGUACCACUGUGUCACUCGGGAGGCCCAGUCCAAUGAUUUUAACCCGUUAGUGGCCUUAAAAAAUAAAAUAAACAUUUGUCAUUUUACUAUUCGCCUCCCCCGGAGUUUAAGGCCUUAACUAGGGUAGCACAUUGCCAGGCUUGAGUUUUAAAAUUCUCAUUACUCUUUUCUUGACUUUUAAUUUGGGGAGAGUGGAGGAAUUAUAACUUUGGUUAGAUAUUCACUCCCCCGUCACUGAUACAGACCAUACAGAGGACAGCCCAGCAUCGUGUUGAGGGUUGUAGACGGGUUGGCUGACAUUGCGAAAAUGAUGCGUGCAUCGAUGUGGCUGGAAGGCCUAAAUUGUUAUGAUUCUGAACGGUCAGAUAGCUAGCAACAAUGACAAGUUGCAAUCUGGGUGGCUCGUUUCAGCUUGUAACUUGUUAACCCUUUGACCCAUACAAUCACUUAUUUGUGAUCAAUAUUGAGUGGUACCUGCAGCGUACGAUCUCAAAUACGUGAUUGGAACAGUAGCAACAUAACGUAUGACACCAUUGUUGUUUGAACAGCAUCUAAAUAUUUUUUUGUACUGAUGGAAAGUAAAGGUCUUAAAAGGUCAAAUGGAGGAAUAAAGUUUAUUGUAAAAGAUAAAAGCAAACUUCAUCAUCCAAGCAUCACACGGAACACAUCCGCAGCUCAAACUCAUUCAAUAAACCAGUCUAACACAAGUUGGCGACCUAACAGCUAGACUAGUUUACAAUAUACCACAUCUCUGGCGAGCACAAAAGACGAAUGUAAUGUUUAGAAAAUAAAUGCGUGUCCGCUAAGCUAAAAGCAGCUACAUUCUUUAUGAUGGCAGCCAUGUUUUUUUACACUUUGCAAGAACUCCCUAAUCCCAGAAGGCGACUUCGCUAUAAUGCCGCAUUCAAAACUGGGAAAUUGGAAAUCUCCGACUUCAGUGUGUUGAAAACCACUGGGAACUCUGAAAAAUAAUGAGCUCCGACUGGUGAAAAUUAGAUUUGAACGCCGUACAACUCGGUGCCUCUUUCUAAAGCUCUCACUUUCCGACGUGAAGGUCAUGAUUUUACCUUGUAUUUUUCCGAGUUCCAAGUUGUUUUGAACGCGGCAUAAAACGCAAAUAAACAAAGUCAGAUGGUUGCACCCAUUGCCCAGAAAAUAUUAUGUUAGUUUGGCCACUAAUCAGCACGAGCUUGUUACCAGAGAACAUGACAAGUUUAUAGUUUUUGACCAAUCACAAAGCAAAAAAAAAAUGUUAUCGCCUCAUAGAUCAUCACCCAAAUACAAGCCUACUGCCUAGCCGUAACACGAACAGGGCUGACAGAUUUGGUUGAAACUAUUUUAGUGGCGUUCAUUUAAUUUGUGGGGGGUUUCAGUGCAGGUAUCGUGGGGGGAUAUGAUGGAGGAAAUAUUACUAUGAUGGGGUUUAUCAAUAAAUGGGGGGCAAACACAGAAGUUUGUAAACUAUAAAUACACUGUGUACUUAGUCAUUUUUAAGUACACAGUAUAUUUUUAAUUUUACCUUUAUUUAACCAGGCAAGUCAGUUAAGAACAAAUUCUUAUUUUCAAUGACGGCAUGGGAACAGUGGGUUAACUGCCUGUUCAGGGGCAGAACGACAGAUUUGUACCUUGUCAGCUCGGGGGUUUGAACUCGCAACCUUCAGGUUACUAGUCCAACGCUCGGUUACUUGAAGUUUUGGAAGGAGAAUGAUAACUGACCCACAACAUUCAUCCCCUUAGAUUACACCAAAGCUUAAUCCUGUCUAGCUCCAUAGUUUACAAUAACCCAUUAUAUCUACAUCCUUGCUUCACUCAUGCCACGUUCUCUGCAUACAACAUAGCUGAUUAGACUUAUGCACCAUUCAAUCUGAUCGCCUGCACAAACUACCUCACUUUGUUGCUUACAUGACUGUCCACCACCCUGUUCUCAUUCUCCUCGACCAGUCUAAAACCUAUCCAAGCCAUAAUACUCAGCGCAUUUAAGAAAUAUCUUCUUCGCUUGGUGACGAGGCAGGCCUCUGUAGGCUACAUGUCCAGUGGUGAUAAUACGUUGACAUGGUGAUGAAAUGUAGCCAGCCUAGUUUUUCCAGGGGAGAAUAAAUUUGUCAUUUUUAAAAACGAAGAAAAAGUAUUUAGGAUGUCAGCCUUUCCCGGCCUUAGACAUGUUCGGCAUAUGUGCUAUAUGUGCUCAUACCACGCUCUCACUUGUUGUAUGCCGCUAUUGUAUCAAAUACACCUGAUUUGCUGCCUCAGGUUUCCCGCCCUAUCUCACACGCAGCCCCGCAUACAGGCUAAUACCAAAGCCUUUUUCAGAUAAUACAUGUAAUAUGAUUAUAAUACUACAGAUACUCACUGCUACUAUUAUAGGAAUAAUGUUUUAUAAAGCCUCAUAUGAAGCAGACAUUGCGGUAUUGAUACAAUGCAGGGUGUAGAGAAUAGCGACAAAAUGCAACAAUCAAAUUCUCCCAACAGCAGGAUAGAAUUCUGGUACCGCAUGCUAAAAACUCACUCUGUAAGGGCCGUUUAUUAAUAUUUAGAACUUACGCGUCAAAAGGUUAAUGAUGCCAUGUCGUGUUUUGACUAAUGUAAUUUCUAUGCUAUUAUGGCAAAAAUUCACAAGCUAGCUAACCAACAACUCUAAUGAUGUAUUUGAGGAGACAAGUGCUCAUUGUGCAAAUGUAUUUGUUUUCAAUAAACAUUUGGAGAAUAUAAUUGACAUGUCAACAGUCUAAGGGCUAACCCCCCCCCCCCCCCCAUUUAUUUUUCCCCAUAGUUGCGCACGUGUUGGUUUUGUUCCUAAACAAUUAGUCUAUAAAACUGAUUGUUGUACAGCAAUCAAUUAAUAGUUUGGAUCAACAUGAGUAGAUAGACAUAUUAAACUACUGUUGUGAGUAAACUAAACGAGAGGAUUGUGCCGAGGACUGAGGUGAAUUAUAAUACAGGAUUGAAUUGGUGUUGAAGUUAUUGCAAUUUACAACCAAAUACUGUCUGAAUAAAACGUACAUUUUUUUUUAUUUAACUAGGCAAGUCAGUUAAGAACAAAUUCUUAUUGACAAUGAAAGCCUACCCCGGCCAAACCCAUUUGAGGCUGGGCCAAUUGUGCACCGCCCUAUGGAACUCUCAAUCACAGCUGGAUGUGACGCAGCCUGGUAGCAAAUCGUUUAAACUGUGGAGGUGAAUGUUACUUUGAAAGAAACUUAAGCAAAUUAAUUUUAUAUUCGAUAGACAUAUUUCAAAACUGGACAGUUAUGCACGUGGUAGUGGAUCCUCGUGGAAAAUGUGAAUAAAAACAAUUGAAUGUCGAUUGGUUUGCUAUUAUUUAACGGUUAGAGUUUUGAGAAGAAAAGAGGAUUGGCGAUGUCUGGGAGAUGAGUGGAUUUAAUUGUUGGCGCAUUCAAAGGAAGCUAACAGAGUACAUGUUAAAAUAUCUGCCAGCAUUGUUUGGACCUGGUAUGAUUUGGUUAAGAUAUGCUUACUGCUGUGUCGCUCCUUGCUCCCAUCUUAGGUCUCUAUAAAAGUGCCUCCGCAGACAUUCAGGACAAAAUAAGUCAUCACUGAUAUUAAUAUAAGAGGUCAAAUUAGACAAAGUUGUAUGUUUUUCUGACUGUAGAUGCUUUUGUUGAUGUUGAAAAUAGCUAUCUGGCAUUUAAUGAAGACUUGCACAAUCAGUGCAACCGUCUGAAGCAUUCCACAACUUUCUGUCCAUGCAAUAUUCAGGUUUUUCAGGUGUAUUCAUUUGAUCAAUGAUCUCAAUAGGCUGUUGGUUAUUUUUCCAUUGGUAUGUUCUUUUGCUCAAUAAAAAUUGCAAUAAUGGAAAGCC